AUGCCCAGUAAGGAACUACUCUCAUCGAUAGGAUCUACUAGACAUCUGAACAAGCUCCUCAAGUCGUUGAAGAGAGGCCGGUGGGCUUCGACGGAGCAGGCUAGAGACCUUCUCGACAAGGCCGGGAUGCAGAACGUCGUUCCCGAUGCUUUCACGUACAGCCAGGCCUUCUCUAUGGACGCGUACAGUUGCUCUGAGAUUAAGGCUCUGGUUAGUGGCAGUCUGCACAUGCUGAACUCGGUUGUCGUGAACUCGGCCAUCGCCUCCUGUGGACGUAUGGGUUGUGAAAGUGAGGCGAGGGAGUUGUUACGGCUAAGUGAGGAUAACAACAUGGCCACCUGCCGAACCUAUAAUGCCUUCCUCUCGUUGCCGAUGACUGGUUCGGCCGCUAUGGAUGUCUGGAAGAAAAUACCUCAUCACAUGAAGGAUGCUUACACUCUCCAACUACUCCUAUACCGGCUCGCUCAAGACGGUUAUCCGCCUCCUGUCUACGAGAAUCUAUUGGCCGAGGCCCGUGAUGUGAUGACGAUCGAUCGCCAGCAUCUAGCCACAGCGGUUUCGGGGUGUAUCCGAGCCGGAUACGCUGCCGAUGGCCUCGCACUGCUGUCUGCUAGCGGCGUGAGGGCUAGUGAUGACAAGGUCCUAGCGACUUGUGCUCUGUGUGCUUAUGAACGCCUUGGGAUGUGGUCCGAGAGCUUGGACUUGUUACAGUGUAUUGAUGAGCCAGAUGUUGUUUGCUAUACAGUCGCAAUAGCGGCCUGUGCUCGUGCUGGGAAGGGGAAGGAAGCCAUUAAGCUGUGGAGUGAGCUGUCCUCACGCGGGCUAACUCCUCAACGUCAAACCCUCUCCUCUGUUGUACGUGCCUGUGAGGCCGCGGGUGAGUAUGAGGAGGCAAUUCGAAUCCUCAGUAGCAUCUCAGACUUAUCGGCGAGAGCCGACGACGGUGUAAGAAUUGGAAAUAAGUUCGCCAGUAGCCGUCCCGAGCAAAUCACUGUUGAAUAUAGAGAUCUGCUCUGCGAUCGCCUCGAGCUGUCCCUCCAUGAGAGCCGUAUAACAUCGUCUGACGGGAGCAUUGGAGUCGCUGACCACCGAGGUGGGAGAGUCUUCAUCAAUCAUAACCUCAGCAGCACAGUGCUGCCGACGCCCAAACUUCUCCAUGUGCUCAAGCCGAAGCCUGAGGAACGCUCUGCCGCACUUGAGGCCAUCGAACGUUUGAAGGGUGUCCUUGAGUCAGUCGGCUUUACGUGUGUCGAGUACGGUGCUGCAGCUGCCGGCCUCGCUCUACCUAAUAGUGACGUGGACGUAACGCUCUUGUUGAAUGGUACCCCAUCUACUCAAGCGUGGCUUUCGAGUCUGUCUGAAGUCGAGAAGGAAACUUAUCCACAUCGGGAGAUCGCUCAAGCUCAGCUGCUAACUCUCCACCGGACCCUCAACGAGACACAGCAGUUCACUGUCGUCGCUACAGGGCUCGGCGGGAGAGUACCUGUGGUGACCAUUGUUCACAACCCUACGAGCAUAGUCAUGGAUGGUUGUGAUGAUGAAGCGCACGCUGGAGGUUUCGAGGAUCCAGUGAAAACAGCGGCAGGGUGUGUUGAACUCCUGAAGAUGGUCUCAGGCUAUCUUACAGAAUGCGCGGCUCCAGGUAUCAUCAGUACCGCUCCAGUCGUUAUAACAUCAUCACGAGUACCAUUGAUCACUCUAGCGUGUCGUGAUCCAGCUCUCGAUGAUGAGCUAUAUCAGCAGUAA